GUCUUUCUCGGUGUCAUCAUUCUUUCUGGCCCGAACCUUACACUCGUUAAUAUAGCAUCCUAAUCAUAUCUCGAUCUCAUUGGCACACCUUGAGCAUGCGUACGGCACUCAUUUGGGUCAUCACGGCCCUAACGGCUGUCUCCGCCCAGCAAGUGAGCAACACUGGCCGUUGUGGCUCGGCGAAUGGGGGGCUCACCUGUGAGGGCUCGACCUACGGCAACUGCUGUUCUCAGCACGGCUGGUGUGGAUCUACGCCCGCGCAUUGUGCUGCUGGCUGUCAGUCCGGUUUCGGUAUCUGCACCACGUCGUCUACUCCCGGCAGUUCGCUCUCACCUGAUGGCACUUGCGGUGGUACCAAUGGCUAUACUUGUCCAGGCAGUGGGUUCGGAAACUGCUGCUCUCAGUAUGGCUGGUGUGGUUCAUCGACUAGCCACUGCGGGACUGGCUGCAACUCAGCAUUUGGUACUUGCACCAACGCUGCGUCGUCUUCUGCACGCCCUACGACGCUACGUAGCAGUACUAUUUCGUCGUCUACCGCUCGUCCUUCGUCCACGGUUCGCUCGUCAUCCAUUGUCCGCUCAAGCGCCAGUUCUUCUACCGUUCGCUCAAGCUCGCGUUUGUCCACUGUUAGCUCAAGCAUUCGCUCAUCUACUGUUAGCUCAAGCAUUCGUUCGUCUACUGCUAGUUUGAGCACUCGUUCGUCUACUGUUAGUUUGAGCACUCGUUCUUCCACUGCCGGCUCGAGCACGCGUACGUCUACUGUUAGCUCAAGCACACGUUCGUCCAGCUCAACUCUUCAUCCUCGGGUGUCGCUUCUUCUACUCGUACUAGCUCGUCCUCUUUCGCACCUAGUUCAUCGACCCUCGCGCCUUCAACAUUCGCUAGCUCAUCCGCCUCAGGCGCGGCGAGAACAUCGUCGUCCGUCGUGACUCCUGCCGGAGCUACACAGAAUCCUACUUCGUCACCGAGCUGCUUCACGCCUGCCAAAGUUCAGUACGUCAAUAAUGGUGGUUU